AUGUCGAGUUUAAAAUUAUCUUCUUUUUUGACAGCGCCAGGGUUGAAAUUUGCUCUGAACGGCGUCCCGAAGAGGUCAAUAGCAUCAAUGUCGUCCUUGUCAGAGACUCAUCGCUUGUUGUAUAAGACGUGUAGAGAUUUUGCAGAAGGAGAACUGAAACCUGUUGCAGCCAAAGUGGACAAGGAACAUUUAUUUCCCGAGAAACAGAUUAAAGAAAUGGGAGAACUGGGAUUAAUGGCAAUUGAUAUUCCAGAAUCAUUAGGCGGUACUGGUCUUGAUUAUUUAGCAUACGCUAUUGCAAUAGAAGAAAUUUCUAGAGGUUGUGCAUCAGCUGGUGUUAUUAUGAGCGUAAAUAACUCUUUGUACCUUGGCCCAAUUAAUAAAUUUGGAAAUGAUCAACAAAAAGAAGAGUUCAUCAGGCCUUUUACAACUGGUGAAAAAAUUGGAUGUUUUGGUCUCAGUGAACCAGGUAAUGGAAGUGAUGCUGGUGCAGCUUCUACUAUGGCAGUUAAAAGUGGAUCAAAUUGGAUUUUAAAUGGGACCAAAUCAUGGAUUACUAAUGCUCACGAAGCCAAAGCAUCAGUCGUAUUUGCAACUACCGACAAAGCUAAGAAACACAAAGGAAUUAGUGCAUUUUUAGUAAAAAGAGAAUAUCCAGGGUUUUCACUGGGUAAAAAAGAAGACAAACUUGGCAUACGAGGAUCGUCUACUAGUAAUUUAAUAUUUGAAGACUGUUCAAUCCCAGAAGAAAACAUCUUGGGUGAACCUGGUAUGGGAUUCAAAAUUGCAAUGAUGACUUUGGAUGCUGGCCGCAUCGGGAUUGCUUCUCAGGCACUAGGAAUAGCGCAAGCAUCUCUCGAUGUUGCUGUUGAAUAUGCAACCAAGAGAAUUGCAUUUGGCGCUCCUAUAUCUAAACUGCAAAGUAUUCAGAAUAAAAUUGCCGAUAUGGCUUUACGAGUAGAAAGUGCAAGACUGUUAACAUGGAGAGCAGCCGUUUUAAAAGACGAACACAAACCAUACACAAAGGAAGCAGCAAUGGCCAAAUUAGCUGCGUCCGAAGCAGCAACAUUCAAUGCGCACCAGUGUAUUCAAGUGUUGGGCGGUAUGGGUUAUGUUUCCGACAUGCCUGCCGAACGGCACUAUCGCGAUGCUCGGAUAACAGAGAUUUAUGAAGGAACGUCUGAAAUACAGAAGCUUGUAAUAGCCGGAAAUGUAUUCAAAGAGUACAGCUCUUAA